AUGAAUCAUGACUGCUCUGUAUUUUGCUAUAAAGAUGAGCACAUUUUUUUCGCGAUUUUAUCAUCAUUGACUCUGCUUAUUUAUUUACCAUUAUCUAUAAUGUGAAGACCUAUUUGGCAAAGCAUUAACUCCAAUGCAAAUAUUUAUUUAAGUCCUCAGUUCUUGAUAUCGAAAAGUAUUUUUCAAAUAUUUUCAGUCGCUUUGAAUAAGACUCUAAAGCACUAUAAUCAAUCUUUAGAGGGCCUAGUUUAUUUUGUUGUCACAUUGGUUUUUAUUGCUUAUACAAUUUUUUACAAACCUUAUAAUUACCAUAGAUGCAACCUAUGGACAAGAAUUUCUUUGCUUUGUUUAGCAUGAAGCUUAAUGCUAUCAUCAAUCUAUUAUGCAGUCACUUAUCAUAAUUUUUCUUUUUGGAUAUCAAUGCAAUUUGGUGGGUGGAUAAUUCUUAUAGCUAUUGCUUGGGUUAUCCAACACAAAAAAUACCCAAGCUUGCUUUAUUCUCCAAAGGGGGUUAAUAUUAACACUCUCUUUAAAUUUGCAUUGACAAAGCAAGUAAUGCUAGAAGAGGUCAUUAAAAAGCACUCUCAUGCUUAUGAAGUAUAUGAUGAGAGUGCUGGAAGUCAAAUAAAUUCAAAAAAUAUAUUAUUGAGUCAUGAUAUAAACUCAUAA